GACGACAUCCCGGGGGUGGGUUGGUUGUCCCUGACAGGAGGAAGAAGGCUAGUGACUGACAGCAGGAAACCAGUCUUCAAAAGCCGGCUGUUCUUUUUUGGCCUCCCCCAACAAACACAAGGGAUCUAUGGCUAGCAGAGGGAUGAAUCUGUGCAACGUGUGCCUCCUGCUCCUCUACGUUAUCGCGGCGGUGCUCGCCGGGCGAGAUUUCUACAAGAUUUUGGGGGUGAGCAAGAGUGCAUCGAUCAGGGACAUCAAGAAGGCCUACAGAAAGCUGGCACUCCAGUUACACCCCGACAGAAACCAAGACGACCCCCAGGCUCAAGACAAAUUUGCAGACUUGGGGGCAGCGUAUGAGGUCCUCUCAGAUGAAGAAAAAAGGAAACAGUAUGAUGCGUACGGAGAGGAUGGUCUCAAAGAGGGCCACCACGGCUCACACAAUGAUAUCUUCUCCAGCUUCUUUGGCGACUUUGGCUUCAUGUUCGGUGGAAACCGACAGCAGCAGGACAGGAACAUCCCCAGAGGAAAUGACAUCAUACUCGACCUAGAGGUCACGCUUGAAGAGGUGUACUCUGGGAACUUUGUAGAGGUGGUGCGUAACAAACCCAUAGCUAAAGAAGCCCCAGGCAAAAGGAAAUGCAACUGCAGGCAGGAGAUGAGGACGACACAGCUCGGACCCGGCCGCUUCCAGAUGACUCAGGAGGUGGUCUGUGAUGAAUGCCCUAACAUAAAGCUGGUAAAUGAAGAGAGAACCCUGGAGGUAGAAAUUGAACAGGGAGUGAGAGAUGAGAUGGAGUAUCCUUUCAUCGGAGAAGGGGAACCUCACAUCGACGGAGAGCCUGGAGAUCUACGAUUCCGCAUCAAAGUGUUGAAACAUCCUGUGUUUGAACGCCGAGGAGACGACCUGUACACCAACGUGACCAUCUCCCUGGUGGAGGCACUGGUCGGCUUUGAGAUGGAAAUCACACACUUGGAUGGACACAAGGUCCAUAUCGUGAGAGACAAGAUUACCAAGCCCGGUGCAAGGUUGUGGAAGAAGGGAGAAGGCCUGCCCAACUUUGACAACGUCAACAUCCGCGGUUCCCUCAUCAUCACCUUCGAUGUGGACUUUCCUCAGACACAGCUGGACGAGCAGCAGAAAAACGGUAUUCGGAGUCUUCUGAAGCAGGGCUCGGUACAAAAGGUUUACAAUGGACUACAAGGAUACUGACACAGCAACAGACACAGCCUUGGACUGAGUUGUCUGACACACAAACACACUCACACACUCACACACACAAACACACAGACACCGUCAAUCAACGGGAGUGUGCUCAAUGAAUUGGGCGGGGGUGUAUUUAUUAUUUUCAGAUUGUUCUCAGGAUGGCUUGAAUAGAUUUUUUUUUUUCUACUUUUUAAUGUUCUGCAUUUUGCCAGGCUGUGGCACCUUUGCUGUUGUUUUAUUUUUAUUUUUAUUUUUUUUGAAGUUUAUAAAUAGAAAAGAUGCCAUAUCCCUGUUGUAAUCUGUUUGUCCCCACGUUUUAUUAUCAGUCUUUUUAAAAAGCAGAUUCCCUUAUUAUUUUAGAGUGGAGAGUGAAACUCAUUCAAAUACUGUCUACUACUGUGUCGACCACUAUACCAUCUGGAGCAGCAAGUCCCAGGCCACAGCCCAGUGACUGAAGGAGGGGCAACGUACAGACUGUAAAUCUCAAGGUUCACCCUAAUCUACUUGUUGACAACGUCCACUAACCUCUGCAGCACUGAAAAAUGCUCCUUUAAAAACAAAAAUUAGUUUUAUGAAUGUAAGGCAAACAAGUUCACUUAUUGAGUUCCUUCCUUGGUCAGAUUCCUGUUCAAUAACACUUUGUAAAUAAGAAAGAACAAAGUUUGUCUGUUUUUGGGGGGUUUUUUUUACAUUUAGUUUUCCUAAUUUAUGUUGGCUCCCAUCUGUUUAUUUUGGUCAAGUUGUGAUGUGAGGUCUGUCUGCAUCGCAGUGUCUCCAGGGCCUCUGAGCUGAGAGCCGACCUCUUCAACUGAGCAGUGGAGUCCUAUUUUCGCAGUGGGAUCGUGCUUUUACCCCGCUAACCUCUCUUUUUUUCACACCUCUGUCUCUUUCUUUCUCAUUCCCCCCUUUUUUUGACUUAUCAUACCUCACUAAAAGGGACUUCAGACCACGUGGCAUCAGCAGCCCUUUUGGGCUUUGUUCUUGCUGCUUGAACGAGGGCAGUUUUGUUUGCAAAAAUUCCCAACUGAGCAUUUUGUUUCCUCAUGGUUUAGGAUUCACAUACUCUCAUCUGUUGUUGUUAAACUGAAAUGCUGCCUCCAAAAGUUAUGAGAGUAUCAUGGCCUUAAUUAAUUGGCCAUUUUUACAGCGUGUUUAGGGGGGAGAUACUGUACUUUUCAACUGACUGAAUAUAAAUAAAGAUUUCUAUGAAUUCUGA